AGAGAACCUGUGGAGUACAUGAACUUACCUGUUUUAGAAAAGUAUCUCCAGAGGCAGUUGCAUUUUUGUCAGCUGUUGGGGUGUUUAUUAUCUUGAUGCUCCUUCUUUUUCUCUAUAUUAAUAAGCAGUUCUGUUUUGAAAAUGUUAGAGGGCUUCCAGAUCUUGGUUCAGAAUACAGUACAAGGAACAAUUCACAAGAUAAAAUUUGGCUGUGACUCCCAAAUGAGCGUGUCAGAAAUGUCGUGUAGUGAAAGUGCAUCCGCAUGUCAGUCUCUUGAAGACGGCUCAGUUCCAGAAAUUCUCAUUAGCCUGCUUUAUAAUGCCACAAAUGGAAGGCUAUCAGCAGAAGUGAUAAAAGGCAGCCACUUAAAAAACGUGGCAGCAAACAGACCACCCAAUACAUAGUUAACUCUACUGAAAUCCAUAUAUCAAGAGAUGUCCAAAUGCAAGAUAUCCAUCCGCAGAGGGCAGCCAAAGCCAGUGUACACGGAAACUUUUGUUUUUCAAGUGGCCCUGUUUCAGCUUUCUGAUGUGACACUCAUACUGUCUGUGUAUAACAAAAGCAGCAUGAGAAGAAAAGAGAUGAUAGGCUGGAUUUAUGUAGGUCUCAACGGCUCUGGAGAAGAACUCAAUCACUGGACUGAAAUGAAAGAGUCAAAAGGACGGCAAGUAGGUAGAUGGCAGGUGUUGCUAGAGUCAUGA